GAAGAAAUACAGUUGAGAGAGAGAGAGAGAGAGAGAUGGGCCCUCACCCCACCCCCAGGAGGAGUCGCCCUCAAAAUCAAAGACGGUAUUGACUGAAGCGACCCCCCCGUAGACUUUUAGGCGUAUACAGUAAAAUAUGAUACACUCCGUCUUUGAUUCUUCGUCACCAUCAAACAGGAUCUUCUGUCUCUAGCAACUACUAAGUAAAGAAACUCUCAAGAAAGGCAACUCACCCUCUCCUUCUCCUUCUUCUUAUCCACCAUCUAACACGCUAUCAUAUAUUCCCUCUUUUUUCUCGGUCUUUCUCUUUCCCAUUACAACAACCAAAUAACUCACAGCACAGACUACUGUGUACUUGCAUAUGGAGAGAAAUCCUAAUCCUAAUCCUAAUCCUAUUCCGCCAGCUCGGUCCAAGAUGAUGAGGCAGUCGUCUCUGGCGCCGGAGGGUGAGGAAAAUGCGACGGCGACUUCAACUGAUGGGGCGGAGGCGGAGGAGGCGAUUGAUUCUAGAGUUGGACUGAUGUACUUGGCCAACGAGGGAGACUUGGAAGGGAUCAAAGAGCUUCUGAACUCCGGCACCGACGUCAAUUUCCAAGACAUCGAUAAGCGAACCGCUUUGCACCUCGCUGCCUGCCAAGGCAGCACCGAUGUCGUCCAAUUAUUGCUUGAUCACAACGCCGUCGUUGACGCCAAGGACCGCUGGGGCAGCACGAUCUUCUCGCUGGAAAAUGAUUCUUGGUUUAUCUUACAGCCUCUUGCAGAUGCAGUGCACUACAAAAACCAUGAUGUUAUCAAACUUUUGGAGAAACAUGGUGCAAAGCCUCCGAUGGCUCCCAUGCAUGUGCAAAAUGCUCGCGAAGUCCCAGAAUAUGAGAUUGAUCCUAGGGAGCUUGAUUUUUCUAACAGUGUUGACAUAACAAAGGGAACCUUUCGCAUUGCAUUAUGGCGUGGAAUUCAAGUUGCUGUUAAAACUCUUGGGGAGGAAGUCUUUAGUGAUGAUGAUAAAGUGGAGGCAUUUAGGGAUGAGUUAGCACUACUUCAGAAAAUACGCCAUCCGAAUGUUGUCCAAUUUUUGGGUGCUGUAACCCAAAGCAGUCCGAUGAUGAUUGUCACAGAAUAUUUACCCAAGGGGGAUUUUUGUACUUAUUUGAAAAGAAAACGUUCCUUAAAGCCAAUAGUAGCUGUGAAGUUUGCACUUGACAUUGCUAGAGGAAUGAAUUACUUGCAUGAGCAUAAACCUGAAGCAAUAAUCCACCGAGAUCUUGAGCCUUCAAACCUACUGCGGGAUGAUUCUGGACAUCUGAAAGUUGCAGACUUCGGGGUCAGCAAGCAGCUGAAAUUUGCAAAUACUGUUAAAGAAAACCGACCUAUAACUAGUCAAGACGCAUCUUGGCGAUAUGUGGCUCCAGAGGUUUAUAAAAAUGAGGAAUAUGAUACAAAAGUGGAUGUAUUUUCUUUUGCUUUGAUCUUGCAAGAGAUGAUUGAAGGGUGCCCACCAUUUUCUACAAAUCCAGAAAACGAAGUUCCUAAAUUAUACGUCUCAAACGAGCGCCCGCCAUUUAGAGCUUCCACCAAGCAUUAUGCACAUGGAUUAAAAGAGUUAAUUCAGGAGUGUUGGAGUGACGAACCAUUCAAGAGACCAACAUUUAGGCAAAUAAUUGCGAGGUUGGAUGUCAUUAAUAACCAACUUGCUCAAAAUAGGCGCUGGAAGAUUGGGGAUCUUAACUGUUUUCGGAAUCUUGAGGCCUUUAUGAAGAGGAAUCGUUUAAAUCCAAGCAUCCGAUCAUCUAGCUCCACAAUCAGAUGAGUAAUAAUUGCCUUAAUGUGUGCAGAAUUUCAGUUCUUUACCAGCGUGAAGUGAGGAAGCUUUCUGUGGCAGGUUUCUGUUGUGCAAAAGUACAUACUGGUUUGACUUGAUUUCAUCUCACUUGUUAAACAAUGUCUUUCUCGCAUGUUUAGUUUAUUCUUUUGGGCCAAGGGCUACAAUUUAGACAGACAUAGAUGCAUGACAGGAUCACAGUUGCUACAUAUUGGAUCCGGCCUACUCGAUUACUCGUUUGAAGAACCCGACUUUUCUUAUGUUCUCAUGAAUCUAUCUGAACUUAUGGUUGAGUGGAAGUUUGUUACUUUAAUUGGUUCUAGAUGUUAAUUAAGGUGUAGAACUUCUGAGAUCUGUCCAAUGAAACUUAUGCUUCAGGUGAUUUUGAUUGUUCAACUUUGGUACAGAGCCUUCAAUUGGAUGGCAAGGCAGAGCCGUGUCAUUGCAGUUUACCAAAAAUCUCAGUCAAGAACAGGACAUCAGGAGCCCCACUUUCCUUGUCUGUUCCUUUAUCAAUCUUUUUCUUUGGUGCAAUUUUACUUGAAGUGUUCCCGGUGAUAAGUGACUUGAACGAUUCAAAACCUGAAUGAAUGAUAAGUAUGAUAAGUUGAUAGUAUGAGAUUUUCCAAUAUAUGUAAUUUGUAUAUUGUUUUC